AGCUGGCCAGUUAUUCAUACCUGUCCAGCAUUGGAGUGGGGGAUUUUUUCCUGUGUUUCCAGCAUGAGUACCAGCGGUGACAACCCAAGGCGUACUCCAUCUGACUCAUCUGCAAAGAUGCCAUCUUCAGUACCGGCAGUUUCCCAAAACUUGGAGCAGCAAUGGAGGCUCCCCCAGUGACCACCAUGCCUGUAACAGGAGGAGCCAUUAACAUGAUGGAGUAUCUGCUACAAGGAAGUAUACUUGACCAAGGUCUAGAGAGCCUCCUUCAUCGUCUACGUGGAUUAUGUGACAACAUGGAACCUGAGACGUUUGCUGAUCAUGAAAGUGUAUAUUUGCUAAAAGGUCAGCAAGCCAGCCCCUUUGUACUUCGUGCUCGUCGACCACUUGACCGUCCAGGAGCACCAUGGCACCUUCGUUAUCUUGGUCAGCCAGAAGCAGGAGACAGAAGCCGGCACACACUGGUUAGAAACUGCGUUGAUAUUGCGACCUCAGAAGUCUUACCCGAAUUUCUUCAAGAAAUGGGUUUUCGAAUGGACCAUGAAUUUAUAGCAAAAGGACAUUUGUUUCGCAAGGGAGUUAUGAAAAUUGCAGUCUACAAGGUGUUUCGUGUUUUGGUGGCAGGGACAGCUGAAGGUGCUGAGCCACUGUCACUUUCAUAUUUGGUAGAGCUCAGUGUAGUGGCUCCUGCUGGCCAGGACAGUGUAGCUGAUGAAGUCAGAAGUUUUGCCGAACAACUUAGACCACUGGUGCAGUUGGAAAAAAUAGACCCAAAACGUCUAAUGUGAAAAGAGGCUGUUGUGCUGUAUAACUUGCAGACACUAAGGAACUAUAAAGCCACAAUCAUACAGCAUUUUUUUUUUUUUGUGGUAUUCCUUAUUACUGCCUUUUAUCAGUGAAGAGUUUCUUCAAACUGCCCAGCAGUACAGUUCUAGGACUGCUUCAUUUUGUAAAAGUAUUUUUAGAGCGAUAAUGAUAGCCUAGGUUUUCCAUUAUUGUUCAUUUGCAUUCUGUUUCUAUCUGUAUUCCAAUGUUUUGUAAACAUAUAUUAUUAAAUCUUUUUUGUAUGAUAUAAAUAUCUAUCAUGGGAA